AUGGAGGUGGAGGCGCGCAGGAGAGCCCCGCGCGGCGGAGGGGUGGGGAGGGCGGACUGCGGGCACUGCGGCUCCGCCGGCGGCGCGGCCCCGCGGGACGGACGCGGCUCCGGGCUGCCGUGCGCUGGGGGACGGCGUCACGACGGCGGACGGCACGCGCGCGGCUUGCACCGACGGCCUCGUCGGACCCCGCCGCAGAAAAGGGGCUGCUGUCGCCCCGGGAGCGCUGCGCCGGGCUCGGCGUUGGCGGGGGACGCGGGCUGCCGGCGCGGCGCGGCGCGGGGACGAGAGAAGGGGCUCGACGCGGCGCGGCCCUGCGACCGGCGGAGCCCCGACGGCGGCCGUCUGCGGGCACGCAGCGCUCCGUUCGGCCCCGACGUGCGGCCGCGUCCACGGAGCGGGGCGGCCCCUCCGCCCGUCCGGCCGCACGCGCGUUGGGGAAAAGCCCGAGACCCGCAGUGGCGGCGGUUCCGCAGCGGGCGCGCGCCUCCAGACUCGGCCGGAGAGGGCAAUCCCGUCCUGAGUUACGCGCUCCUGAGAGCGCCGUGCGGUGCCACUGCAGGCGGCAGGAGUCACCGGUCGCGUUCGUUACGUUGGACGGAGCCCAGCGGCGGCUGA